GGGUGGAAAACGACCGGACGCGGGUGGAUUAUACCGAAAGAGACAAGGGACACUGACGUGCGCGCGGGCGGUGUUAUAUAUCGAAGCGCGCGGGCGCGCGCGUUUACCGUGAACACAGCGUCGGAUUGGACGGUAAAUUAAUCGUCGUAAUCUGUAAUCGUGCGCGAACGUAAUUCAACGGUGACGUUCAUUCAAGAAUGCGUUAAUUACGCGCGGCCGGCGGUUAUAACGUGCGUGUCGGUACCUGCGUGUGACGUGCGGACGAGCGAUACCCUCGCGUGGUACUCGCGGAAGAGAGCGAGCGAACGAGACAGACAGAGAGAGAGAGAGAGAAAGAGAAGAGCAUACAACGCUGAGCUGGGCUAACGGCGAAUCGAGAUGCUCAAGUUCAUCAGGGGGAAGGGCCAGCAGCCCACGGCCGAACGGCAAAAGCUGCAGAAGGACCUCUUUGCUUUUCGAAAGACGGUGCAGCAUGGUUUCCCAAACAAGCCAACCGCUCUCGCCUGGGAUCCGAGUCUGCGGCUGAUGAUCAUCGGCACGGCAUCCGGCGCCAUCAAGGUUUUUGGAAGACCAGGCGUAGAAUUCUACGGACAACAUUCCGUCGAAAGCGGUGAGAAUGCCGUCACGAAGAUUGUCGCGCUGCCUAAUGAGGGUCGCGUGGUGUCCUUGUGUGACGACAAUUCAUUACAUUUAUGGGAGAUUAAUGAAAGUUCCGUGGUGGAAACAAAGACGUUGUCGUUGGAAGGGAAAUUAAAGAAGAUCUCUGCGAUGUGUCUCGAAUCUAGUGGGGAACAUUUAUUGCUAGGAACGGAAGGAGGCAACAUCUAUUUACUAAACCUGAAAACUUUUGUCACCCCGGAGAAUAUUAUCUAUCAAGAUGUUGUGAUGCAGAACGUUCCGGAAGAUUACAAAAAAAAUCCAGGAGCGGUCGAAGCCAUAGCCGAGCAGCCAGGGCAUCCGGACAACAUCCUGAUCGGCUAUAAUCGAGGUUUGAUGGUACUGUGGAACAAAGCCACUCCAGGAGCUCAACAGCUGAUGGGUUUGUUUUCGCGUGCGCAGACAUUCGUCUCCACGCAACAGCUGGAAUCGGUCCACUGGAUAUCUGAGAACCGCUUCGUCUCAUCACACAACGACGGUUCCUACGCAUUUUGGAGCCCGGGUAGCGACGCCGUGCCGGAGCCCACGACACUCUACGGGCCGUUCCCGUGCAAGGCCGUCACCAAAAUCCUCGUGUAUCCUACCGCGGAACACGGGGAGCUUGUGCUAUUCUCUGGUGGUAUGCAACGUGCCAGUUACGGAGGCCGGCAUACGAUCACUGUCAUGACCAAGGAGAAACAUUUAGUUUUUGAUUUUACAUCUAAAAUCAUAGACUUUUUCAUCGUCUUCCCGAAGGAGGAGGAAGAGAACAAUGAAAAUCCUAUUGGACCAGAAGCGCUUAUAGUGUUGGCCGAGGAAGAAUUGGUAGCUAUCGAUUUGACCAAUCCCGAAUGGAAAAUGAUGGCCCUGCCUUACCUAGUAUCUCUCCAUGCGAGCUCGGUGACUUGUUCCCAACAUGUGCCUAAUGUGCCCGAGGAACUUUGGGAGGCGAUCGUAGCGGCCGGUAAAGCGCAGACCGAACAUCUUUAUUCGGAUAAGUCGUGGCCUAUCGAUGGCGGUAAUAUCCUCUGCCAGAAGCCGGCGAAUCCUGACAAGCCUAGAAACAGAGAGCUACUACUUACCGGACACGAGGACGGUACCGUCAGGUUUUGGAACGCGUCCGACGUUGCUCUAACCCCUCUGUACAAGUACAAUUCGUCGAUUCUGUUUACCGGCGAGCACUUGGACGUUCUCGAACAACCUCCAGAGGACGAUGAGGACGAGUGGCCACCGUUCAAGAAGGUGGGAAUCUUCGAUCCGUACUCUGAUGAUCCGCGACUCGCCGUGAAGAAGGUCCUCCUCUGCCCGUUAUCCUCGACGUUGGUGAUUGCCGGCACAGCUGGACACAUUAUCGCCGCUACCAUUUCCUCGGAACCGACCAACAAGGAGAUAAAGGCCGUAACAAUGAACAUUGUCAACGAUCGCGAUGGAUUUGUAUGGAAGGGUCACGAUCAUUUGCCGCCGAGAACGACGAGCAUAUCAUUCGCGGUAGGAUUUCAACCGCAGAGCCUCCUACAGCUGUACCCACCGGCAGCUGUCACAGCGUUAGCGUUGCAUAGUGAAUGGGGAUUACUCGCCGCUGGCACAGCGCAUGGACUCGCGGUUUUCGAUUACACUCGAUCGAAAGCCGUCAGUGUUAAAUGCACGCUUAAUCCAAAUGAUCUUUCUGGUGCAGGCGACACUCCUAUCUCCCGACGGAAGUCUUUCAAAAAAUCUCUUAGGGAAUCUUUCAGGAGAUUGAGAAAGGGACGUUCACAACGUCGAGCAAAUGCUAAUAGCCCUACACGAAAUACUGCACCGGAGAAAAAGAAAGAAAGCGUGACUUCUUCACCGAGUGGCGAUCUAUCACCGGCAGAAGUAAAACCGGUGGAAAGACAAGUGGAAGCGAGACCCGUCGACGAUGCUCUAGGUUCUAUGGUUCGAUGCUUGUACUUCGCCAGAAGUUACAUUAUUAGCCUACAAAAUACAACACCCACACUUUGGGCGGGUACCAACAACGGCACUGUUUACGUCUUCACGUUGGCUAUACCGGCUGGUGUGAGGAGAACGGAAGAAGACGUCAACUGUACACUGGGCAAAGAAAUACAAUUGAAGCAUCGAGCGCCCGUAAUCGCGAUCACGAUCCUCGACGGAUCCGGCGUGCCGUUACCGGAACCCUACGAGGCCGAAAAAGGUGUAACGCCCGGACCCGACAUGACUUCCACGCACAGAGUCGUAAUCGCCAGUGAGGAACAGUUCAAGAUUUUCAAUCUUCCGUCCCUGAAACCGUAUUGCAAGUACAAAUUGACCGCUCACGAGGGAUCCAGAGUGCGAAAAACGGGUUUUGCCAAGUUCUCGUGUCUCGUCGAGCCAGCGGGAACUCACGAGGAAACCUGCUUGCUUUGCCUAACGAAUCUUGGUGAUUGUCUGAUACUGAGUAUACCGGAACUGAGAAGACAGUUAAAUGCCGCUGCGAUCAAGAGAGAGGAUAUUAACGGUAUUUCUUCCUUGAUAUUUACAAAAGCUGGGGAAGCGUUGUAUCUUCACUCUAGUUCGGAACUCCAACGAAUUUCUCUGUCAGCCGCGAAGAUGACGAAGGCGCAUUGCGCGCUUAAUUUACCACCGCACGCUAGAUCGUUUGCGGAAAAUACUAACGAAGUCACGCAAGAGCAAGGUGUUGUCGAGGGUGCACCUGAAACUGAAGGGGAGACGCAGGCAAGUCAACCGCCUACGGUGGCGAACAGAGUUAUCACGGAAAAUGGCGUAGUGGGUACCACUGGAGAGGAAGAAUCUCCGAAGGAACCGUCACUGCGACCGGCUACGAGUAGUAUAGAUGUAAACGGGGAAGACGACCGUCAGGAUUUAAGUUCUAUCGGAGAUAUUACGAUCGACAGUGUUAAAGAUCAUUUGCUUAACAGUCCACUUUUCAGAAACGCGACGUCUUCCGAAGAGCUCCACAAUCGUUUGGCAGGACUUAAGAUGGAGGUGACUUCACGAACUUCCGAGAUAUCCACUCAAAAUCAGUCGCUAGUGGUGAAAACAACCACUGUGGUUUCGCAAACCACGAAUAGCACGACCGCUAAUGGCGAAGUCGAGACGAAUCAGGCGAACGAAUCGCAACACGUAAACAGCACUACAGUAGAGCGAGAGAUACGCAGUGGUAUCGAGACAACAACGACACAUGCUACCAUCACUCUGCCCCCGAACGUCGAGAUUAAUGCCGCGGACUUGGCCAAUUUGGAGGUCACCACGACCACAGUGACCACUACUACAGAAAGGUCCAAGGCGCCGUUGGCUAGGCCGGAGGAAGUCAGUUCGUAGGCCUGUUCCAUAUCGUUUUUCCAUGCUGACCAUGCAUCGAUUUCGCGCUCCAUUUAUAGAGCCAUCAAUAAUUAGUUCUCUUACUGAAUAAACGUGUACACAGCGGCGAUAUAGAUAAGAUUUAUAUAUCGUAGAUUUUUUAAGAAAUUUAGAUUUCUACGCAGCAUUUCAGCGAUAAUCACUCACGCCGCGCGAGCGACGAGUGAUCAAUUUUUAAUACGACUUUACGCAUUUUCAUUGACAUUUACGUCAUUGCAUUCUACUUGUGAAAGUGUUCCAAUGAAUAACUUUGGGAAUUGACAGGGAAUCAAUGAUUUUUAACGAAGAUAGGGGCCUAGAAAACAUUUUAUUUAUCAUACGACAUAAGAAAUACAAAUCCUCUCUCAUUGUGAUUUCUUUCAAAAUUUUAAAAUUUUUACUAUUUAUGAAAAUCAAGAUAACAGUUUUAUGGAAUAUUAUCGUAUCAAAAUAUCCAAUUUUGGAAUAAAUUUAAACGAUUUUUAUCACGAGGAUUGAUAUCGUUUUGCACGGUCGAUUUUAACUUGUCUAUUAAUUUAAUAAUGAAUCUGGUGCAUGUUGUAUAAUCAGUCUAAUUGUAGACUUUUAAAAUAGAUUAUAGUUUACCGAGAGCUAGGGAGAAUGAUGAAACAUCACAAACCAUGAAUUAUGGCAGCCUUAAAUCUACUGUUAUUUUAUAUAUAUUUUUUAAUUAUUAAAGACAUGCGACAUCCGCAGUAUCCGCAGUAUUUGAAAUGUUUCGAGCGUCUUUUAUAGUUUUUUGCGAGCAGAAAUAUGAUGCGAUACAGAGAUGCUUCGAACAUCAAAAAAAAAAACGUAGCUACUUAAGUAGAGAGUUAUAUAUAUAUUUGACGAACAAGCGAGGAGAUUAAGCAAGAUAAAUUUGAGAGAUAAUAUCUGUCGAUGGUCGUGAUGUAGGAAGAACGCGUUGAAAAAUAUAUUUUUUAUCAAUGUUGCUUAAUCGUUAAGUUUCCUCUCUCUCUUCGCGUUAUCGAAGAGUGUGUUCACCGAAUGUUCAUGAGAGAAUCCUCAAAUAUUCGGGAACGCUUAACGUAUUACAUAAUACCGACAUAGUUAUUUUAUUGUUGCAUUUAUUCGCAGUCUUUUUUCUAGACGGAAUAGUCGCAUGGAUAGUCUUUAACAAUGGACUAUUGUUGCAAAAUUCUUUACCGAUUUUUAGAAACAUACUAUAUAUAUAUAGGUACAUAGUAUUUUGUUCGGUGAAAUACUUUUCGCUACAUAUAUAAAUAGAGUGUAGCUUUUUUCGCAGCAAAUUGAAUAUUUCGUAGCUUGUCUUUUCACGAGAGUAGACCGAUUUUAUUGAAUAUAAUAUUUUCUUAUAAUUUUGAUCUCAGUAGGAUUUGUCUUGGGAAUAAUUCAUAUUCCGCAAACUGCAGUUUUUCUUAACCACACACAUGCGCCGAUAAUGUACUCUUACGAUAUUGUACAAAAACAAAUCCGAAGUGCAACAGACUGAUGGAAAUGUGCCCUUCGAUCGCAUUUUUGCUUAUUAAUUUGCUUUCCUUUACAUAGAUAAUAUCAAAUGAUCAAAAUUUUAAUUGAUGAUAAAUUUUAAUUUUAAAUAUAUACUGAUGAUAACAUUGAUUAUCUUUAGAUAAGUUUUAAUCUUUGUAGAUAAGUAUUUCAACAUCCUUUAAAACUUCUUUUUAUUGGCAUUUUAUUGACGAAUGUAUAUUGAGUUAAUUGUAAUCUUUAAAGCAUAAUGUAUUGUCAUGUGUCGCACAUGUGUGUGUCUAUGUUUGAGAAAAGAAAAAAAAAGGUGUAUCUACGUGUUGAAAUGGAUUUUAAUUUUUAAUCGCUAAGUGUAAAGUGCUAUUAAUAAUACUGAUUUUAUCGAAUCAACGCCGAGCUUGCUGAGAUACGCGCAUUCAUAACAUUGUAAAUUGUUUUUUACUUUGAUAAAGUAAUGUAUAGUGUACACAGAGAAUGUGAAAUUGAAACACUGCCCCUGAAACUUUUUCCUAUCCAACACUGUUAAAUACCGAUUGUAACACGUCAUAUAUUAAAUGCCUAUUACAAUGAAAUAUAUAAGUAAUUCUUAAUGUAUUUUCUAUUUCAAA